AUGAUGCUUCCGGUCGACUUUUCCUCGACCUUCUCGAGGGCAAUGUUCCGCGUGCCGUCCCUCUACUUCCUCGGCAAGGCCGUCCUAAUCUGGACCGUGUUGCUUCUGCGCGCAAACGACCCAAAACUGUUCACCCGAACGACUUGGUUAUCGGCCGUGGGUAAUUGGGUUCAGGAUAAACCGAUGGAAGAUAUUUGCUGGUCUACCUUCGUGUCGGCAUGCCUCGCGUUGUGCAUAGGGACCCUCACCACUGGUUUGGAGGGGCUGAACAUCAAUGAUCAUGCUCCAUUCAAUCUUUUCGCUUUUGCUUUCCAACUCUACGUAGAGUCGGCGGCCGCCCGUCAUCCCAAGGAAGGUGAACAGAAGGCGGCACCGAAUGUUCACGUCGUCAUCACCAUCAUAAUCCCUCUGUUUCAGCUCACUGUUAUGCACUGUCUCGAAAUUAAGCGUCGUUGGACGAAUUGGCGUCUCGCUUUCUCGGCCGCAAGCGGCCUCUUCGCACUCCUUCACUUCCACUACGUCCAGUGGUUCUCGACCACCCCGUUCCCCCUGACGACAUACGCGGCUCGUGUCGUCGAAUCGAUCAUGUUCUCCAUCAUCACCCUCACUGUCGCCCUGAACGCCCUUACCCAGCUCCUCUCAGAGGGCACAAUCACGCGACCAGUCUUCGGACACUCCGCGCUCAUGCCGAAAUGGGAUGAGGACUUCAAUGUUGCACUCUUCCGCCUCGGAACAGCAAGCAUGGAGGCGACCGCUGUAGCCGGGCUCGGCAACGAGGUCGGCGGCGUCGCGAGUGCGCGCCCCGUCGACGUAGCUCUGGCGCGCAAGCGCGAACGUGAGACCGUCCGGGGCGAAAUCGAAAUCGAUCGCACUGGCGUCUCUGGGUUGUCACCCGCAUACGAGCAGCGCGGCAGGCGGCGCGUGUUCAAGAAGGGCUUCGCGAACGAGAUCACCGACGUGAAGGUCAAGGCGGCAAGCACAGACUUUUGGGUCAACACAGUGCUCAAUGUAGCAUGGCAGAGGCACUUGGGCGCGUUCCUCCUGAGUGCAUGGCGCGCUUCGAGGAGAGUGUGGGGUGCCGCUGCUGCCAAGGUUCGCGGGUCGCCCGCGUCUCGCGAGCGUUCGCCCUCUGUUCAGGUCAUGGAUGUCCGUCCAGGGAGACAGAGUGUGGUUGAUGUAGACCCCUACGAGCGAUUUGUGCGCGGCGAAUCCGUCAGCGACGACGAAGACGACGAGUUUCACCCGGAUGACGAAGGGACUCCUCAGCCAGACACUGAAUUGGCUACCUCCAGCGAUGAAGAGGAGUCUGAGGUCGAGGACGAUUCGGUUGAGCAAGUACAACUCUACGCCGAUCUUUCGAAAUCUGACGUGGGUUCGGCACCGCUCCUCCUCGCGCAUAUGACCGACAAGUCUGCGUCGCCUCUGACACGCCGGGGGUACAAGCGACUUGUUUCUGGACCGUCACAAGCCAGAGCCAAGGACGACGUCGAUGACUGGGACGAGUUCGUGUCCGAUCGCCGGCGAGCCAAGCGCAUAGCUCUGCCUCCUCCAGACGAGGAUCCGGCCUCCGAGAACGCUCGCGCCUGCGUGAUCUGCACCGUCGAGCCACGCGAUAUAAUCUGUUGGCCAUGUCGGUGUCUUGCCCUCUGCGACGAUUGCCGGAAUAAUCUGGCCUCGCGCUCGUCUGCGUCGAAGCACACUUGCCCAUGUUGUCGCAGAAUCGUGGAGGGCUAUUCGAAGAUCUACAUCCCGUGA